AUGACCACCGACCCGACAGCACAGAUUGAACUAACGGAGGAAGAGAAGGAGGCGGCGGCCUUGAAAGCACAACAGGCUGAGGAAGCUGCGGCGGAGAUAGUCGAGCUGAUCAUCGAGGCCGGUGGCCACAUACUCUACCGUCACCAUCGGGAUCGUCUUGCUGUUAAAUACGCCGCGAAGAGGGUUGCAGAAGCCCUGCUGGCUGAUGUGGAUCUGACAUUCAUGCCGGUCGAUCCGGGGGAUGAGAUGAUGAGGAAGGAGCUCGGAAGUGAUACCCUUCCUGAUGAUGGUGACACGUGGAGCUGCAUGCCGGUGCCACCUCCUAUUGAUAACUGGGCUAAGUUCGCUGUUCCUGUGAGGAUGGUGAACAGUUUGGAAAACGCCACGAUCACACAAGAGGUGGCUGACCAGAAGGUUGAGAAGUCCAGCGUGGUGGAGGCCACUAAGAAGGAUCCAUCGGUGAAAGGAGAUAACGAGGAUCCGCGAGUGAUUCUUGUGGAAGUCUCGGAGGAUGAAUGUGACGAGGAAGAGGAUAGACUUAGGGAAUUUCUGAGGAGGGAAGCACAGUCGUCGGCUGUUGUCGCCGAGAUGUUCACUGAACUUCCUCCGCUUUUUCCUGAUGAAGAUGAGGAGUUUGUCAGGGCUCGCAUGUUGGUGUGCGAGAAGAGUCUCUUCAGCAUGCAACCAGCUUAUGCUCGACACUUGAGGGGGUACCUGAAGGCACUAACGAACUGUAUUGGGUCCCAGUGUGUUGAUGCAAUACCAAAGCUUCUCUCAAUGCAAACGAAGUCAUCGGGCAUGACAGCCCUCUCAGAGGGAUUCAGAAUGCACAGUACAACAGCCAUGGAACCGAGGGUGAUGGAAUUUACCAAACUUGCCCCUAUCCCUCGCCCCGUCGCAGCGAGAGCUGUCAAGACUGAGGAGGAAGCCUUCUAUAAGAAAUACAAGCAUGCUCUUAAGGCCAAGAGCACAAGCGGCUCCAGUGUGACUAGUGUUGCUUAUAACCCUGUCAAUAGGAGGCAGGUGGUAGUCACUCAUGGUACGCGAGUAGAGCUGCUUACGUUGCCGGUUGGGCACAAGCCGGUCGCUACGAGCUAUAAGGCGGACAUGUUGUGGUCGAAGCAUAAGGACUUCACAACGUGUGUGGCGUUUAGGAAUGAUGGGAAGCUUAUUGCGGCUGGAGACGGAUCGGGAAGGAUUAACGUUUACGACCUUACGGCCACGAGGAAUAUAUUGCGAAGAUUUAGAGGAGGACAUGAGGGAGCGGCCAACUCAGUGUGCUUUGCUUCUCAUGAUCGAACGCUUGUCUAUAGCGCGGGAAAGGACGGCAAAAUCAUCCAAUGGUCAUUAUCCUCGGACACAAGGACAGCUUCGGAAGGUGGCAGUCUCAUUGGCAAGCACGAUGACGCGGUUCAAGUCGUCUUUGCCACCACUGCUGGCUCCAUCAUAACGGCAGGUUAUGACGGUUUCGUUCACGUGUGGAAGCCUAUAGACUCUGAAGAGGAGGAGCAGGACGUCGACAUGGAAACUGGAGAGGAUAAGGUUCCCGAGCCGGUUAGCAGCUACGCUCAUGGGAGUCCAAUUGAUGCUGCAUGCCUAUCUCGAAACCAAACGUUGUUGUAUGUGGCUGGUGGGGGAUUCGUGUCGACUAUUGAUCUGAUCGCUGGGAAGGUCGUCCAGAAGAGUCCACUUGGGCAUAGCAAGGCGGUGACGGGCAUGUGCGUGAAUGCAAAGGGGGAUGUCGUCACUGGCAGUCUAGAUGGCACUGUNNNNCAUGGUAUCACUGAUAUCGCAUGGUCGGGUGGGCAGGGCCUGUCUAUGGUUGUGUGCCUCGAUGACGGAUCUCUCAUCUCGCGUCGCAGGAGGCCUCGGGACGGGGAGGUUGAUGAUGCUGCUGAGGGUUCGAGUCUACUACGACCAAUGCGAGCAGUGGGGUCGGUCGGGGUGUCCCCGUCAGGUGGUGUACAGUACUUCACACAAACAGCUAAAGUGAGACACUCUCAUUUGGAGGUCCUAUUGAGGCGAUUCGAAUAUCCCAAGUUGUUGGAUGCUGUGGUGGAGGGUAGCACACCGAGUGUUAUGGGAGCAUCGGUGUUGGACGAGCUUCGACAGCGAGGCGCGUUAACGGGCGCUACACGUAAUCGUACGGAGGAGGAGUGCGCGAAGAUAGUGAAUUACCUCGCCAAGCUGAUGGGCAGUUGGGACGGCUCGAGGCUGGGCUCUUUGGUGGCUAGCGUGUUGGAUGCUCUCACUGCUACUAACCAGAAGGUAGUGUCCUCCUAUGGUGCUCUUAUAGUGUUGUAGUAGCAAGGAUGUUACUGGGCGUUGUAGACUGUACAAAGAUAUGAUGUCUUUUUUGUACGCCUCUUUGAGUAGCCUCUUACUGCAAAAGCAAAAUUACAAUCAGAAACUAUACUAGUGCUUCGAUGAUUAGAAGCUUCUAAUGCAUAUGCGUAGAGCUUAAGAUUUCAUGCCUACCAACAUCCAAGUUUUAGUAGUGUUGAUAAGGUUCGAAAAAUGUGUGGUGAGAGAAUGAUAAAGUCGACGGUCAUUUGCGGACCUCAUGCAAAAUGUUAUUUUUGCAUGUAGUGUAUUCUGUGUAUGUGGUUUGAUUUUUCUAGGUGUUUGCGAAUCCGAGUGAUGAGUUAGUGAAGGCAUUGAAUCAUCUGAGCACCACCAUCGGGUCUGAGGUCCUUACUGAGCAGAAGAUAAUGCCAUGUGUGGGUCUACUGGAAAUGUUCGACCAACAGCUUUGAGCGAUUCUACUACUACUGUUACCAUCACAACAACGUCAUCCUGUUUCUAUGAGGUGUUAUACUACUGUAGGGUAUAUUACUUCUAGUACUACCA